CCGGCGCCAUUUUCAAACGGCUCUGCCGCCUCCGGCGCGUGAUAGUACAGCACAGCGAGUCCCUUUAAAUGUAAUCUCUGUCAUCUUCUCUGAGCGCCUUUCAGAACCGGGCGGGUUAGUUUCCUACUAGGUACUCGCGGUGCAAAGAUACUUUCGCUGAUUCUGCUCGACUCACUCUGGGUCCUUCAUGAUCUGUUGUGUUCCGGCGACUCGUUCACUAAGAUCUGAUCUGAUCUGUUUACGACAAGCGAGCUGAUUGAUUCGUCAGCUGCUUGUGAAGAUGAGCUGCAGUGCCGAGCGGCGUUUCCUCGCACUGAGGAAGAGGCUUGACCAGUUGGGCUACAGGGAGUCGCUGGGUACGGAGUCACUGGCGCUCGUCGACAGGCUCUUCAGUGACCUGGUCCACACCACGGAGAGCCUUCGCAAUGCCAAGCUGUCGCUGGCCAAAACUGAGAAGGAGAGCAGGAACGUGGACGCUGUGCUAGGGCCGUACAGGACGGACAAUGCCCGGCUGGUGAGGGAGAACAAUGAGCUGCACCUCGACCUGCUUAAGCUCCGCGAGGAGAAGGACCGUCUGGCCAGAGAGCUGAAAGGCUGCACGCGCAAGCUAGAGCAUGAGACGACGGACCUCAAGUUCCUCAAUAACCAGUAUGUACAGAAGGUGCGUGCUCUGGAGAGGGAGAACGCGGUCAAGUCGGAGCGCAUCCAGCAGCUGCAGGAGAGGAACAUGCAGGCUGUGGUUCAGACGCCUGGAGGGAAGAAGCGGACCAUUCCAUUCCGGCGUCAGCGCAUGCAGAUUGACGAGCUCCUACCUCCAUCCUCCGGACCCUCAGCGGUUGUGUCGCAGCCAGACGACCCGUAUAUUGCAGACCUUCUGCAGGUGGCUGACGACAGAAUCCAUGAGUUGCAGCAGGAUUUGACUAGACUGAAGCUGGAGCUUGACAGAGCCCAAGAGGGAAUCAAGCACCUAAACACACAGGUGGCAGAGCGGGAUCGGGAGAUUGAACGGUUAGGUCGAGUCCUACAUGGAGGCCGUCCUCAUGACGUCAUCUCACUUGAAGCACAGAACAUCAGUAACGAGAAGCUGAUCGCCCACCUGAACCUGCAGAUGGAGUACCUCCAGGAGGCCAACGGGGUACUGAAACAGCAGCUGCAGGAGCGCCAGCAGAGUGCGUCCAGCCAGGUGGCCCACCUGAGUGCCAGGAACCAGGAGCUCUGCCAGGAACUGUCCCACAUUGACCAGCUGGCUGAGCAGCUGCAGAAGGACAAAGACCUGGUCCUGGUGACCGCCGACCAGGAGCUACAGGAGGCCAAGCAAGAGAUAGAGCGGCAGCACAGACAGAUAGAGCAUUUGGAAAAGGUUGUUGGGCAGUUGCGCACGAGCCGUGUAGAGAAUGAGCACAAGACACAAGAACUGCGGAGCCAGCUGGCAGAUGUGAGUGAGCAGAAGGAGGACAUGGAAGGGCUGCUGAACUUCCUGGAAGAAGAGAAGAGGAGGCUGCAAGGCAAAGUGGAGAAGAUGAUGGAUUCUGAGAAGGAGCUCGUCCUAGAACUAGAGCGCAUGCGGGCCCAUUUCGGCGUGUGUGGGAAGGACCGCUCUCCAUCCCGCCUGGACGCCUUCGUCCGCAGUCUCGAGGACGAUAGGGAUUUCUACAAGCUGGAGGCAGAGCGCCUUUGCAGGGCUGGCCAUGGUACCUGGGCUAGGAGCCCCCGGAGGGGCAAGCAGGAUGGUGGCUCAGCAGAGUUGGAACAAGCCGUGCAGGAGAAAAAGGAGCUGCAGAAUGUGCUCCUGGAUGUGGAGAAACAAAUGCAGGAGAUCCAGGCGAAAGUGAGAGCUCUGACAGCUGAGAGGGACAUGCUAAGGAUGCAGCAGCAGCAGGCCCAAGAGGAGCUCUUGCAACUGCAGCGUGACAUGCCGAGUUCCCAGGUGGCCGAGAAGGAUCGAGGUGUUGAGGACCUGCAGAAGGCAGCCAUGGAGAGAGAUGCACUGAGGGAACGGCUCAAGGCUGCUCUGUCUGCUAGAGAGGAGGACGAGAGGAGGAUCCACACCCUGGAGGAAACCCUUCAAACUCUGGAGGCGGAGCGCACAGAGCUGCGUGCCCAGGUGUCUCUGCUCACCAAGAGCAGUCUGGCCCUGGAGGAGGAGCUCAGGGCACGGGCCUCUGCGUCAGAACGUGCGGCUGAGGAGGCAGCGCAGCAGCGGGCCGAGACCAGUGCACUCCGGUUGCUACAGGAGCAGAUGGAACAGUCCCUCUCAGACUGCCAGCACCAAGUGUCUGUAAAGAAGAACGAGCUGCUUGCCGCUCAGCAGCAGAUCGAGAAGCAGGAAAAGAAGAUUGCGGAGUUGAGUCGCCACAGCUUUGAGCAUGGUGAUGAGAUGGCUGUGCUCCAGAAGACUGUGUCUGCACUGGACCGCGAGAAGGAUGCCUUGCAGGAGCAGGUUGAUCAGAAGACUGAGAAGAUUGCUGGGCUGCUGGAGGAACUCUCCAGCAAGGAGAAGAGCCUGGCGCAUGUCAGGAGCACCAUUGCUGACAUGGAGAAUUCACUGCAGCUGCUGCAGGGGGCGCUGAGUGGUCGCGAGCGGGAGAUCAACAGCUUGCGGCAGCAGCUGGAUGUAGCCCAGGAGGAGCUUGCAGCCAUGGGCCAGGAGCGGGAGCUGACGUUGAGGGAAAACCGCAGGCUGCAGGAUGACCUGGCCACCAUGACCCGUGAGAACCAGGCAGUACAUGUCGAGCUUGAACAGGCCAUGCGUGACCAAGAUGAUCUCAAGAUGAGGGUUCACUCCUACAUUGCUGAGGUGGCCAGAGUGGAAAACAUGAUGGCACUGAAGGAGCAGGAGAACCGGGACCUUUUGGAGCAAUUCCGCUCGGCUCACCUGCAGGCUGAGGAUCGGGAGCUGAAACUCCAGCAGGUAGAGGGCACAAACUCGUCGAUCCGCCUGGAGCUGCUGACUGCUGACACGGAGCGCCGCCACCUGCGGGAGCGAGUCAGUCACUUGGAGAGGGAGAUCGAGGAGCACAUGAAUGCCCAACAGGCCUACGAGCAGCAGGCCUCGUCGCUCACAAAGAGCAUGGCGCACCUUGAGGCGGAGCUACGGGCUGCACAGGCAGAGAAGGUCGAUGUCCUUACUGACCUGGCUGCUGUUAGAGAGCUCUGCGUCAAGCUGGAUUCCAGCAAGGAGGUGAUGGGCCGCCAGCUCACCUCCAAGAGCAUGGAGCUGGAGAGGGUGAUGGCCGAGCUGGAGGAUGUGCGCUCGGAGGCAGAGCUGCUGAAGCAGCAGUUGUCCAGCGAGCGGCUGGCUCUGAAGAACCUGGAGACGCUGCUUUCCGCUGUCCGGCAGAAGGAGUUCCAGAGCCACGUGAGCGUGAGCGAGAAGGAGGGCGAGCUUAAGGCCCUGAAGGAGCGUCUGGCCCUGGCUGACACCAUGACGGCGGGACACGUCAGGGAGGUGUCUCAGCUGCGAGGGAAGCUUUCCCAGCUGCAGACAGAGAUGGAUGUGCUCAAGAGGCAGCUGACCAGCGAACGCUUUGAGCGGGAACGGGCGCUGCAGGAGAUGCGCAGACAGGGACUGUCCUUCUCCUCCAUCCGUAGCUCCUCCCCGAGUCCCUGCCCCCCAUCUCCCGAACAUUCCCUGGACAACAAGCUCUGACUGAGGACCGUGUGCGUGUCAGAGCAGUUCAUCUCCUUGUAGAAGCAUGAGCUUUAAGGAGUAGACGAAGGCGACCGCCAGCCGAGAAACAAAGGACACGCAGAGGAAGCGAAACUCGAGGUACGGUCUGGGAAAAGUGUCCCCCCUUCGGAAGAUGUUGCCA